CACCGCUCACACUCUCAUGGCCUUUCACGUGAAACAGGAUAUAAAAUCACGCCGUUCUUUUUAAAAUCCUUCUCAUUUCAGUCUGGGCUGAAGGAGGAGCGGUGUCGUUAUUCAUAACGCUGUUAUUGAUGAAUUCUUGUUAAAAUGGCGUCUCACGCGUUACCUGAGGGAUUCAGUGAUUUUGACAUGUUUGUGUUCGGCUCGGUGCUGCUGGUUGGCGGUUUGCUUGGUUUCUUUCUGAACUUCAUAUCCAUGUUGGCCUUCCUCAAUGUGAAGCAGCUCAGGACUCCCAGUAACUUCUUUGUCUUCAGUCUGGCGCUCGCUGAUCUCGGACUCAGCUGUAACGGUCUGACAUCUGCUUACGCCAGUUACCUCAGAUACUGGCCAUUUGGUUCUGAGGGUUGCCAGAUCCACGCUUUUCAGGGACUGGUGUCCAUCUUGGCAGGGAUCAGUUUUCUCGGUGCUGUAGCGUGGGACCGAUAUCACAUGUACUGCACCAAGCAGAAGAUGUUUUGGAGCACGUCCCUGACCAUGAGCUCCAUCAUGUGGGGUUCGGCCAUGCUGUGGGCCGCUCUGCCGUUACCCUUCAUCGGAUGGGGCGUGUUCGACUUUGAACCCAUGCGUGUAGGCUGCACUCUCGACUACUCCAGAGGAGACAGAGAUUACGUCACCUACACGCUGGCCCUCACCGUGCUCUACCUGGCAUUCCCUCUCCUCAUCAUGUACUCCUCCUACUCCUCCAUCUACACUUAUUUCAGAAAGGUCCACAACUUCAAGUUUAACACAGGUCUGCCUGUAAAGAUGCUGCUGCUCUGCUGGGGUCCGUACGUUAUCAUGUGUGUGUACGCCUGCUUCGAGAACACCAAGGUCUUAUCACCGAAACUCAGAAUGGUCCUCCCUGUUCUCGCUAAACUGUCUCCGAUGUUCAACGCCUCGCUGUACGCGUACGGUAACGAGUUCUACAGAGGAGGAAUCUGGCAGUUCCUGACAGGACAGAGACAGCUGGAGAAGAAGAAAUAAACGUCCAGUGGUGUGUUUAAGUUCUCUGUGAGGAGGGUUCACUCGGUGAAGACACGAGGCCGUGUUAGAGAACGGCUUUUAAUUCUAUUAUCUCAUUUAUUAUUGCUCUCACAUUCAUCUGCUGCAUCUGCGCGUGCAAGUAAACCGGGGAGUGUAAAUAUCAGGGGCGUAGUCCGGGGCAGUAACAUCGAGGAGACACAGAGACGGACGAAGAGCAACAGCUGUAUUUAUAUUCUCA